AGUCAGGAAACAGGAAAAAUUUCGGAAGAGGGGAAAGUUACACGGCAAUUUUCUUUAAUGAAAAAAUGAGCCGAAUUUAUCACAACACGUCUUUACAGAACAAACCAGUACACAAUGAGAAAUUUGACCGCGAGUGGUCUCCCUCCACGUAUGAAAGCGGCCCGGGGGUUCUUCUCGAGGGGAAGUUGCUGGAUGUUUCCAGACAUGCAAUCAGUGAUAUCAAUAAUCAAAAGGUCCGUUUCUACGUGCUGUACAUAAAACCCAGCCGCAUCCACCAGAGGAAGUUUGAUGCCAGGGGGAAGGAAAUGGAGCCGAACUUCAGUGACACCAAAAAGGUCAACACUGGCUUCCUCAUGUCUUCCUACAAGGUGGAAGCCAAAGGGGAGUCAGACCUUCUGUCUCAGGAUCAGCUGUCAGCGAUGGUGGACAAAGCCGAGCUGGUGAAAAUAAGUGACAAGCACAAACCCGGCGGUACCUGGGCCUUCUGGUACCCGGAGUCAGAGAUGGACAAGACAGAGCUGGAGACAGGACAGGACGUUCGGCUGAAGACCAGAGGAAACAGUCCUUUCAUAUUCUCCCUCGCCAAAAUGGAUGGCGGCACCGUGACCAAGUGUAACUUUGCUGGAGAUGAAAAGGCUGGAGCAUCGUGGACAGACAAGAUUAUGGCCAACAAAACAGACACGGGCGGCUCUCACAAGCCCGGAGGAGAAGGAGAAGGAGCGGAGGAGGACGAAUGGGAUGAGUGAGGAAACCAUCUCUCCAUCAGCCUGAAGUCAUGGCCCCGUUCCAGCCUCGAGGUUGAACUCCUUCAACUUGGCUCCAUUCCUGUCUCUCCGUCCUUGGAUCGGACUCCCACGUUCCACCGGGGUAUUGAACCUCUUACAUAUGUGGCCUUGGGGCUUGAAACCUUGCAUCACUUCAACAAUAUGGGACUAGAUCUUUCCAGCUCCACAGUGUAUCCGGCUGUUAGCUGCGACUGUGUCUUUGAAGCUUCACCCUUUUCUUAUAUGCUUUGGAUUAAAUUCCAACAUUUAUAUGACUGGAACUACUCUUGCCUGUUUGUGUCCACAUGGACUGUACCACAAUACAACCAUAAAAAAAAAUGUUACAUAAACUACACGCAGAUGGAAUUAAAUUCUCUUUACUGACUUUAAUAUUGCAUCCAGGGCAGGCUAACUUUCCUGUUACUGAUUUGAAGGCAGUGGGAGAUAUAUAUUAAACACCUACAGUAUAUCUAUCACCUCUUAUUCAGAAAGAGUUAUUUCUGUUCAUUUAAAAUCACAAUGAAAUGUGCAAAUUAUAAUUUUAUGUUGUUUUUAUGUUGUUAAAUAAGAACAUUUUAUAAGAAAGGAAGUGACAAAGCCCCCUCACCGUAUUAAUCUAUUUAAAUAAAACAUUUUUUAACUCUGCAGUAGUUAAAAUAGCACCUGGAAUAAUGACGUAAAAUACAUAUUUAUCACCCCUGUGUUUCCCUGGAAUAUUAAUUCAGUCUGAAUGAGGCUUUAGAUCGUUAAGUGGUGUAAUCACUGAUUGGGUGUCACUAUCUAAUCUCCCCAGACGACAUUCCCUCACAACAACAAACACAAAUAAAGGCUGGGGCAUCUGCUUCAGCAUGAUUUAAUUCUAAUGUCAAACUGGGAUUGUGCCUCAGAGUCCUGCAUACAUCCUGUCCUGAUCAUAACUGAUGAUGACGCCCAAACACACCUCAAAGUUAUUCCAGUGGUGACCUGAACGAUACUGUUCCCCAUCAUCAUGAUGAUAAUCAUCUUGUUAUCAAACACAACACGCACAGUUUCCUCCAGGUGAAACAAACUGAGGUAAUGGAUGAAAGGGCUCAUGUUUAACAUGAUGUUGAUGUUUUAUUAUUAAAAAUAACAAUUUCAGCGACGUACAAGAAUAAUUUGGUUCAUUGAUUAAAACAUAUAUAAUACACAUAUUGACAUGUUUACUAAAACAAACAGAUGAGGUUAUGUCCUUGGGUUUUGACUGGUCAGGAAAGUAGCAGCAUCAAAUUUGAGCUGUUUUUCCACCAAAUUCAUAUUUGCCAUGAACUUAAUUUAUCAAAUGGAAGCUUCAAUCCAUUUUUCCACUGUAAGCAGUUCAAACUUUGAUUAUAAAAUUGAUGCUGUAUCAGCAUCAUGUGCAAAAUCACAAACAGAGGAGUAAAAAUCUUGUUACUUUGCCCAUUUUCAUUGAAUAUACUGUAUAAAUAAUGUAUAUGCGUGUAUGCUGUACAUAAACACUGCUUUGUUUUUACUGCCA